CUUAUUUUGCAUUUAUCGAAAGAAGAAGAAGAGCACAACCGAAAUUUAGCGAAAAAGUGUAUUGUGAUUUGGAAAAAAAGAGUUUUGGACGUGUUAAUGCAAUGCAUUUAGUAAAUCUCUGCACAAAAGAGAUGUGGAACAAUGUGAUAGCGUGAAUGGAGUGCCUCAUGCCUCCUGUUCAGUGUCCUGUGCUGAUUUGGGCGAAUGUUUAACAGAGCGUAUUGAUUUUUACGACUUGGGGUGGGGGGCACUGGACUGCUACGCAUAUUGUUGUUUAUUGUUCUCCACAGCAGGCAGGCCACAACAAGAACUGCGUCGCAGGACGGUGAAACAUGAAAGUGUGGUUUCAGCAGGGUUAAAGAGCGAGACGCCAGCCAGCGAGGCGACAUGGGUGGCUCCGUGAGCCAAGUGUUCCGUUCUGGGUCGGCACUGCUGUCACAUCGAGAUGGCCACAAAGUGUCGAAGGCAACAGAGGAGAAGAUCCAGACGCUGUUCGAAAUACUGCGGGCCAAUCCGAAAAUCUCGCUGCAAACACUCGAAAGCCUCCUCAUCCAGAUACCGAAGAACGAGAAUAUCCUGGUCAUACACGACGAUUGCGGAUACAACAUCCUGCAGCGAAGUGUCGGCCUCAAUCACAUUGAUCUCACCAAGUGGCUGCUGCACCGCCAUCGGCCCGAUGUGAACCGUUCACCCUGCUCCCUGCCGCUGCACAUUGCUACGCUCCGUGGGUACGAGGAGUGUGUGGAACUUCUCCUGCGGCACGGUGGCCGUAUUGACGUGGAUUCCCGGAUGUGCUUCCCCGGCGCCCACACGCACAACUGCGAGGAGAGCGGCAAGUGGCACAACAAUGUGGACGACGUCAGCGAGCGAUUGAACAACAAGCUGCAAAAUGCUCUAUGCUAUGCGAUCGACGGUGACCAGUACAAUGUCCUAAGCCUACUCACACAGAAGAUGGAGGAGCCUUGGAUACCGUUUCGCGUUAAAAAGCCCCUCUUGCAUUUGGCCUGCGAACGCGGUGCAUGGAAUUGUGUCCAGCAGCUGGUGCUGACGCGAUCCGAAGAGAUAAAUCUCAUCAUGGAUGAGUACUAUCCGAUACACCAUGCUGUGCUGCACGAUGGCCGCUUUCUCGAGCUGCUCAUACAGCAGGGGGCCGUGACCACAGUUCGUACCUGUACCCAGCAGAUGACCUUGCUGCAUGUCGUUAUAUUUGCUGCUCGUAAGCCCGCCGAGGAUACGCUGGCUACUCUACGCAUCCUAUUGGAACGCGGCUGCAAGGAGCUGAUCAAUGCCCCCGACUCGCUGGGGAAUACGCCGCUGCAUGCACUCAUCGUGCGCUAUGCUUUGGAGGAGGCUCGUUACGGCUACGACAAAUGGAGCAAGUGGGAUGUUUUGUAUUUGGUGCGGUUCCUGCUGCAGAACGGAGCCAAACAGUCCAUCAAUCAGGCGGGCAACAGUGCCAUGGCCUGUGUGUUUCGCCACCUGCGCGACUGGGAGGUCUGCUACGAGCUGCUCAACAUGCUCAUCAAGGAGGAUGGUGAUCCAAACAUUGUGGGCCGGGAUGGGUCCGUGCCCAUAAUGGUACUGUUGGUGCCGCUGAUCAACAAGGACCAUCUGCACCAUUUUACGCAUUCAAUGAAGGUCUGCUAUCUGAACUGCAUCCGCAUUUUGCUGCAGCAUGGGGCGAAUCCAAACUGUUCGUAUCGCGCCAAUCUGAAGCCGCUGCACGUGCUCGUGUUCACGGUUAGCGAGAACUUUACCCUCAAUUGUGAUGCACAGAAGCGCACAAACUUUGACUUUAUCAAGAACAUUCUGCUGCUGCUGCUGCAGCAUGGCCUGGACUGCAACAAGACAUAUCAGCACAUUCUGCAGGCUGUCAUGGAUAUGGUGCAGAAUGUGCGCACUUGCCACGACAUGGAGUGCAUACACGAACUGACGCUGACGCUCAUUCAGUACGGGGCCGAUCCCAAUAUUGUGCUGAGCAGCAAGACCACGCCGGGUAUAGCGAUCUUCUCGAGCGAAAUAGCCAGCUAUGGCGAGGCCCUGGGCGGCGGUGGGGCCGCCGCUGCCUUGGGGGGCGAUAACACGUUCCGCAACUCCUUCCGCACAAACUCUCGAUAUCUGCUUUUCUACUAUAUUAUACUGAUAACGAAGAAGGAAUUUAUACUCAACGAUCCGCAUUUGAAUUUUACGCGCAUCAUCCACCUCUUUUACCUGACCAUGGAGCACGAGCCGCUCUACAAUUGCCUCAAGUCGCUGCACAACUUCUACGUUGCCCAAGUUCCCAGCAAGAAGACCGAGCAACUUAUUGCCCUGAUAUCCUCGCUCUACCGCAAGCCGCGCAGCCUCAAGCAACUGGCACGCUGGGCCAUCUACGAGGCACUGAACCGCAAACUGGCACCAAAUGUCAAUCGCUUGAACCUGCCCGGCCCCCUGAAGGACUAUGUGCUGCAGUUUGAGAGAUAACAAGUGGGCCGUCGUCGAUGUUAACCCCUAACGACCAAUGAAACCCAACCACAAAGAACUAAAAUCAAUCAUUACUGCAAUUGUUAUGUUGCCCCUAAGCUAUAUACGAGUACUGUUUAAUAUAAAUAUUUACCGCAUACUAAUACACCUA